AUGUCGUCUCUGGUUCUCAGCCUCUCUUCCAAGCCCUCUCUCAGUAAACUUGCUCUGCCCAAAUCAGUCAAAAACAUUCCUUUGCAUCCUCUGGGUAAACCUAUAGCUAUCCAACAACAAGCCAUCAUUAACGCCGCAAUGACUUGUGCACCUGAUCAAAGCAAAGAUUUUGCAGUGGCUGUCAAGUGUUUAGGACCUAUGAUCAAUUUCAAUAGGCCUGGUGGAAAACACAAGGACUCGGGUUCGGUCGUCUUUAAAACCCCUUUCCAAUAUUUUGAUCAAUCAAAAGUUAUGUAUUCAAAGAGAGAUGAAAAGUUCUACACUCCUAGUUUUGGAGGCCACUUUUUGGUUUCUUGGGAUUCUUUCUUUGAAGAGGAUAUGACCGGCUCUGAGUUGCUAGAGUUGCGGUUUUCCAACAUUCCUGAAUUGACCAAGUCCGAAUGGGAACUCUUGGACUCAUGUUCCAAGACUGUAUACUUUGUGGAGUCUCCCUCAGGCCAACGUUUCCUAAUCAAGUGGUACGCCCAGAACCACCAACCAGGCGAUUCAAUGACAUUCCUGUGUCGCGGAACAAAGCGUUUCAUGGUGUUUAGAGAGGAAGAAGAUAAAAGGACCAUGUGUUACACGGAGGACAUUGGAGAUCUUUGCAUAUUCCUAGGCAACAAUGAGCCCUUUUGUGUCAAGGCAAGCUCAUUCCCUGGCCUAAACCCUAACUCCAUCUAUUUUGCAGGUGAUGGCUAUGGUGUUUACGAUAUCGCCACUAGAAAACCACGUUCCUUCCGUCCCAAGUCUCCCUCAGCCUUCUCGUCAGCAUCACUCCUCCCUUACUGGAUCCCUCCAAUGUCUCUCUAGUUAGUAUAGUUACCUGUCCUUCACUAGUUAUUGGGCUAAAGAUCUUCAUUUUUUUCAUGUUGUUCUCUCGUGGCUUUUGAUUUUUUAAGCUUAAUAAUGGUUCUUCCGGAUUCAACUAAACCAGCUCUAAUUAGCAUCUUCGAAUUAAGAGCUUUUCUUCCUCUAUUUACUUCAGUUUCGAGCCCUUGGAAGCUUAUCUUCGUAUCUCUAUGAAACAAGGUUUGGGUCUCAUUAAAAUACUAAUUACUAGGUAUGAUUCGGUUCAUGUUGGCGGUUAGACACCGGUUCAUGUAAUUGGUAGACUCAUAUAUAAAGCGAA